AACAUCUCAAACGUUCACAUCUUUGACAAACUCAAUUGUACAACGGUUUACGACGAAACGAAUCGAAAUUAAUUCCGAACUUGAGAUAUGUCUGCGGAAAAGAAGAAGGCGAAGCCCGCUGAGCAUCCUAAGUACCUGGAGAUGAUCGUUGAAGCGAUUAAAUCUUUAAAAGAACGCGGCGGAUCGUCGCGACAGGCAAUUGAGAAAUACAUCAGAGCUCAUUAUAAAAUUGGGGAUAGCGGUAGCGUUCACGUGAAGCUCGCACUCAAGAAAGGUGUAUUAUCGGGCGCUCUUAGCCAACCUAAAGGAACUGGAGCUUCUGGUUCUUUUAAAAUUGCAAAGCCUGUGGCUGCUCCGAAGAAACCAACGAAGGAAGUUAAACCUAAACCAUCUACAAAGAAAGCUUCGACACCAGCGAAGAAAAAGGCAGCUAAAUCACCAAAAAAGAAAACGCCUGCUAAGAAACCCAAAAAAGCUGCUGCAAAGAAAACAACGAGCACUAAGAAACCUUCUCCAAAAAAAAAUAAAAAACCAGCAGGGAAAAAACCUACGAAAAAGACUAAACCUGCGACGAAGAAAUCGCCUGCCAAGAAGCCCGCCAAGAAAACGUCAAAAAAGUGACUCGAAAAACACCACAUAACGGAGUAAUUUUAGCCACAUUUUAUUUAUGAGCAAAGACUCAACUAAAGUUUUAUGAAUGCUACUUGACUUGGUCAUUGUAAUUAAAGAUUUGUACAGUUGAACACACAAUAUUCGUUUUUAGAAGACGAGCUAGCUAAUACUUCACAUCUUGUACAUAACAACGAAAUUAUAUUUUUGAGAUACGGAA